GGCGCCGUCCGGGAAUUUUAAAUCCUUGGCUGCCUCCGGGACGCCGUUGCUCUCGGCCCGGAUGCCAUAGGCGGCUGCGGCGUUUUGUGGCUGCUGUGAUUUUAACCUGGUAAGUAAUGCGAGCUAAGUCGCUAUGGAGCUCGAGGGGCCUUUUCCCUCGGGCGAGCGCUGGGCGGGCUCCGCGGCUUCGAUAAAAGGCGAGCUUCGUUUACCUGCUAGUGAGGGAAAUUAAAAUUAAUUUUAAAAAAAAUUAAUUAAAGCAAAUUAAAAAAUAAUAAUAAAAAGUGAGGGGAAAAAAUCGUAUUUUAUUGACGCGCGUUUUAACCCAAAACGCUCAGCGAGUCAGUGCCUCUGGCUGUUAACCUGCAUUUCAGGGGGUUAUUGUUACUAUUAUUAUUAUUAUUACAAGUGAUUCCCCCCCUCCUAAAUAAAAUGUUUAGGGGUACUCUCAUUUUGACUCAAGAAAAUCAACAUUUUAUAGUUCAAAUCGGGGAAAAUAAAUACAGUAAAAGGACAAAGAUUCAUAAAAUGUUUAGGGGUAUGCGUACCCCCAGAAAAAAGCACUGAUUACUACUGUAUAUAUAUAUUUAUACCCCCCUUUUUCCCCUGACAGGAACUCACUUUUUUUAUUACAUUUAUAUACAGUGCCACCUUUAUCUUUCAAAGAUCUCAAAGUGGUGUACAGGUGGUACCUCGGGUUAAGUACUUAAUUCGUUCUGGAGGUCUGCACUUAACCUGAAACUGUUAAUAACCUGAAGCACCACUUUAGCUAAUGGGGCCUCCUGCAGCCACCACGCCGCUGGAGCACAAUUUCUGUUCUCAUCCUGAAGCAAAGUUCUUAACCUGAAGCACUAUUUCUGGGUUAGCGGAGUCUGUAACCUGAAGCGUAUGUAACCCGAGGUACCACUGUACAUGGUUCUCCCCAUUUUGUCCUCACAGCAACCCCAUGAGGUAGGUCAUGCUAAGAGAUGGUGACUGGCCCAAGGCUUCAAGGCAGAGUACAGAUGAAACAAGAACAACUAAUGAGGCAUAUGGCAGGACAGUGCCUACAGUUUACAGCAGUUUGGUGUGUUGUUCGCCCCCCCCCCCCAUGAGUUUCUAUAACACCUUAUAUUUAAAAGGGGGGGUCUCAGAAUAGUUUACAACACAUUAAAACAUUAAAUGAAACAAUCCAGAAUAGAACCGAUUCCAAGCUUCAAGGGGAAUAUUUCGGAUCCUUCUCUAAGUGGCAUUUUGCUUUCUCCAUAUUUAUUUACCUUCUUAAUUUAUAUAGCUACCCCAUAGCAGAAGUGCUGUAGGAAGCCAGUGUGGUGUAGUGGUUAGAGUGUUGUACUAGGACCUGGGAGAUCAGGGUUCAAAUCCCCACUCAAUCAUGGAGCUCACAUCACAAGAACAUGUGAUGUCAUUGUUAAAACAGCUGCACUGGGUGCUUAUCUGCUAUUGAGCUAGGUUCAUGGUUUUUGUAUUUAUUUAUGAAGCCCUGAACAACUUGAAUCCAGGAUACCUUGGGGAUCGCCUGAACCCUUAUAUUCCUGCUUGGUCACUGAUAUCAUCUGCAGGAGUAUCUUUGAUCGUUCCCCAAGUUGGUGAGGUUCCAUUGCUGCUAAGGUGCCAAUGUAAAAUAUGGGCUAUAAAAUAUUGGCAACUCAGAUCUUUGGUUAGAUGAUGCUUUUUAUGCUCUCCGUGCAAGCUUGUAGAGAAAUGUAAAGUAUGAGUCUCAAAGAAGCAGAAAGCAAUUGAACAUGAAUUCUUGUAUCUGUACAGUGGUACCUCGGGAUGCGAAUGGGAUCCGUUCUGUAGGCCCGUUCGCAUCCUGAACAGAACGUAAGACACAUCUGCGCAUGCAUGGGUCGUGUUUUGCUGCUUCCGCGCAUGCGCCUGACGUCAUUUUGGCCAUCUGCACAUGCGUGAGUGGCGAAACUCAGAAGUAACGCGCUCCUUUACUUCCAGGUCACCGCGGAGUGCAACCCGAAAAUACUUAUCCUGAAGUGUUUUUAUCCCGAGGUAUGACUGUAUUGGGGAUUUAAUUGUGAUAUCUGGGGUUCAAGAAUCUGUGCAGGGACAGGGAGUGUGAUCACACCCUUUUGCACGUUGAUCUGUAUGUAUAUGUGCAGGUUUGAUGUAUGUGAAUGUAGGGUAGAGAUCAUUUGGGUGGGGGAGACUAGACAUAAAUGCCAAGGACAUCAAUAGCACAUGUGAUCCUGCUUCUCCCCAGUCCUAUGAUGCCUUCAUUUGGCUUAUGCAUAUCACUUAUAGGGGGUGAAACAGGUUAGGCCAAAUAUGUGUCAUUUGUAUCCCCCUUUGAUGAGAGGUAGGAGAUAGGAAGGUACAUUUAUCCUCUGUAUCACUCUUUCAGCAUUUAGAGGUUGGCAGCACCGUUGGAAGAAAUGGAUCAGGCAACACAGAUGACCUUCCUUGGAAGGCAGACAAUAACUGUUGCAGCCUAAUGUAAAGAAUGAGAAACUAGCAUGCCAUUCUUACUUAGCUUUUCUGAGUAAAAUCAAUUCAAAGAUGAAGAUAUCUGGCCCAUGGUAUGGGAUAUUCUGAAGAAAAAGGAAGACAGUAAAAGCUUUCUUUUGAAGCAUCAGGCUGUGGUGUGCUAGGGAGUGAGGCUUGGUGAUGGUAACCAAGAGUAUAUUGUGAUGUCACUGGGAAAUGAGCAGCACUAUGCCUUAUGACAGGGGUGGUCUAACAAGGAGUAGGGCUCUCCAGAUGUGUUGGACUACAACUCCCAUCAACCCCAGCCAGCAUAGUCAAUGGCUGGGGAUGGUGGGAGUUAUAGUUCGUCCACAGCUGGAGGGCACUACAUUAAUUACCCCACCUAAUGAGCAAGUUUUGCCCAUUUCAAGCAGGCAGUAUUGCCUGCUGCGCUGAUUUUGAUUUGACAGAUCAAAAAGAGAUUUGACAGGGAGGUCUGGUCCAGCCAAGAAGACCCAGAGGCCUUGUUUCCAUCCCCACCGGUAAUCAUCUGGUUUUCCCUUCUUCUUCCCUGCCCCCACCCCGCCACUUCUUUUUUUAAUGAUGAGUUUUCACAAAGAUUGACUAAAGUAUUUAUUAGGUAUAUCUUGCAUGUUUUUUAAAAAACCAUAAUGUGUUUGUAAUAUAUUCAAGUAUUUAAAAGUGCUUGUAGAAUUUGCCCUAAAGUCAGUUUAGAUGAAAGGUAUAGUUCUUAUUUCUUUCUUUAUUUUUAAUUAAAAAUAUAAAUAAGUAAAUGUUUAUAUUGUACUUAUAGUGUUUUGCUGCUAUGACCUUUUUGGCAUCAAUGGUUGCUUUUCUGUUCUCUCAGGUGCCUAAAGGAGAAAGUCUUGCCUCUCAGCAUGGCUAUGGAUGACUAUGAGGAGCUACUCAAAUAUUAUGAACUACACGAAACUGUUGGUACAGGUAUGCUGCUUGAUGAUUUCAAAUAAAAGCUGCUCUAAAUAAAGAGUUAUGAAAAUCUAGCUUGCUUUAUAGAUUUGUUUUGUCAAAAAGCAGGGGAGUCCCCUAAAGUAGCUCACAACAUGAAUAUAAUGAAAAACAAUUUAAUGAUUGUUAAAGGGAGGUAGUAUUUAAUAUUGCUUUUUUUUAGAUUUACUGCAAAAUAUAAGCAUUUUUUUGCAGAAGUCAGUCCCACUAGUUUGAUGCGGUGAGCAGCGCAAUAAAUGCGUUUGGGACUGUAUUCUCGGUUAAGAGCUGUAAGAGGAGCUUCCAGCCUCAAUGUGGACAGUGUGAAGCAGCAGAGGGGAUGGAGGGACUGUUAAAGCAUACAAGAUAUAAAUAUAUGUUAACUCAGAAACAUCUAGUGCUAAGGCUGGAUGUUACAGUUGAAGAUAAGGGAUUAAGCCAAAGGUUUCACAGAGGGUUUUGAGGCAGAAGUACAAAGAACAUAGAUGGUACCAUGUAGGGAUAUAGAUCUUUAACAAGGAGUUGAUCACUAAUGUUAAAUCUGUAGCCUUGCCUUUUUUCUUUCCUUACUGUAGGUGGUUUUGCAAAGGUUAAACUGGCUCGUCACCUACUUACUGGAGAACAGGUUGCAAUAAAAAUAAUGGACAAGCUGUCUCUGGGGGUGAGUGACUUUCUGGCUGGGAAAGGAUGGGUUUCCUUUGUACAAAUAAGGUUCUAAUCGUACAACUUGUUAAUGUGAAACUGUACAUUUGUGGCCAUAAGGGAAUUCAGACUUCAAGCUCUGCAUCAAAGCUUCUGGCACUAUGUUGAGCUCUGUUAGCACUACCUGGACAGUGCAUUUCCGUAACUGUGACCUUAAAGUGGCAUUUAAUUGUUGCUUUUUAAAAUACAAUCUCAUAAACAUGAUCUAACAGGAUGGGACGGGGAAAAUGUAGAGGAAGUUUCUCUAUUGUGGCAAUCCAUUAUCUGGAAAGCCCACAAACCUUUCAUCUCUUAGGAUGAUUUGCCUCGCGUCAAAACAGAAAUUGAAGCCAUGAAGAGCUUAAGCCACCAGAACAUUUGUCGGUUAUACCAGGUGAUUGAGACACCAAAGAAGAUAUUCAUGAUUCUAGAGGUAAGAUUUGAAACCUCAUUCUGCUUUUUAAAAUAUUUGCUGCUUAAGGCUAAAAUGUUUCAGGAGCCUGAAAUAGACCCUGUCAGUCACUAUUGGCAUCUUUUUAGGGUCUUUCUCUUGGUCCUUCACGGUGAGAGCCAUUUGGUAUGUUGUCAUUUGGGGCAGAACUUUUACCUCUUACUCCUUGAAAUCUUAAUGUUGUCUGUUUAAGGCAUUGAGGGUCUCCUGUCCCAAGCUGUUGGACUAAGGAGUGGUGGCAGCUAUACAACCUAACAGGGUUAGUUUGCAACUGGUCUUUUGGCACUGUUCAAACCAACAAGAAUGCUGGCCUAGAGUUUUGUGUCAGGUUCUUGGAAGUCCCCUCUUCUCUGUAACUUGUCUACGGAGGGGAUCAAGUGCCUGUAGUCUUGGGGACAUAGCAGGAUGGGGACAGAAGUGUCUCAUCAUGCCGCCUUGUGUUUUGGUAGCAACUAGCAUGCAUGUAAGCGCCAAGCAAAACCCUCUUCCAGCAUGUUAAUACAAUACAAGCAGCCUUUUCUCCUUGCCUAUGUUCAUAUGCCCUUUUAAAAUGUAGUUUUUUUGUGGGGGGUGUUGUUGGGUUGUUGUUUUUAUUUUGAUUAUAUAUUUUGUGGUUUUAUAUUUUGAUUUUGUUCUGUGAACCGCCCUGAGACCUCCAGGUAUAGGGCGGUAUAUAAAUUCAAUAAGUAAAUAAUAUGAAAACUUCAGUCAUGGAGUUCUAGAAUUAGGCACAAUAGAAUAUUUCCUCUCUAAACCUUGCAGACGUGGGGAUACAGGGCAUAGCCCGUAACUGGUUGUGCUCUUUUAUCUCUGGUCGGGGACAGAGGGUGGCACUAGGGAGGGAAAUGUCGUCGCGCCACUCCUUGGUGUGUGGAGUGCCGCAGGGCGCAAUUCUCUCCCUGAUGCUUUUAACAUCUUUAUGCGCCCCCCUUGCCCAGAUUAUCCGGAGCUUUGGGCUGGGCUGUCACCAAUAUGCUGAUGACACUCAGCUCUGUCUGCUGAUGGAUGGCCACACCGACUCGGCCCCGAACACACUGACCAGAUGCUUGGAAGCUGUGGAUGGUUUCGUGGGAGCCGAUUGAAACUAAAUCCUUCGAAGACAGAGGUCCUAUGGCUAGGUUGGGAUGGCAUGGGGAUGAGGGACCAACUCCCUUCUCUUGCGGGGGCCCAAUUAGUGCCAUUGCCUUCCGUUAAGAGUUUGGGUGUAAUUCUUGACGCCUCCCUUUCCAUGGAGGCGCAAGUUACAGCAACAGCCAAGGCGACAUUUUUCCACCUUCGCCGCAUCAAGCAUUUGGUCCCUUACCUUUCCCGCCCCAACCUGGCCACAGUGAUCCAUGUGAUGGUCAUCUCCAGGCUUGACUACUGUAAUUCGCUCUACGUGGGGCUGCCCUUGAAGCUGUCCCAGAAACUCCCGCGGGUGCAGAAUGCUGCAGCGAGGCUCCUCACGGGGUCUCUGCCAUGGGAGCAUAUUCACCCAGUGCUUUUCAAGCUGCACUGGAUCCCGGUGGAGUACAGGGUCAGAUUUAAGGUGCUGCUUUUGACCUUUAAAGCCCUACACGGCCUAGGACCCUCGUACCUACAGGACCGCCUCUCCCGGUCUGCCCCACGGAGAGCCUCAAGGUCCAUAAAUAGGAACACCCUAGUGGUCCCAGGCCCUAACGAAGUUAGAUUGGCUUCAACCAGAGCCAGGGCCUUUUCAACUCUGGCCCCGGCCUGGUGGAACGCUCUGCCUCAUGAGACCAGGGCCCUGCAGAUCUGAUUUCUUUCCGCAGGGCCUGUAAGACAGAGUUGUUCCGCCUGGCCUUUGGCUUGGAGCCAAUUUGAUUCCCUCCCUCCCUCUCUUUCUUUUUUCUUUUCCUUCUCAUCCUGCGAUGAGGCAACAUUUUAAUGUUCCAUUAUUUUAAUGUUGUAUUUUAUUUUUGUUUUUAAGUUGUAAUCAUUCAUCUUGUUUUUAUUAUUGCUUGUAAGCCACUCUGAGCCCGGCCUUGGCUGGGGAGGGCGGGGUAUAAAUAAAAAAUUAUUAUUAUUAUUAUUAUUAUUCUGCAAAGUGGAUCUGGUAAUAAUUCAUGCUGCUUUAUUUAUAUUGUCACAUCUCAUGUAUAAUAUCAAGAUGGUGUACAACAAUAGAUGUAAACACAAAAAAAUUAAAAUGCCAUAAAGGCAAUACAAAAUGAUAUUGCACUAAAAGUGCCCAGAGUGGUGCCCUACCAAAUACAGAAACAUGGAUUUGUUAGCCUGCUUGACUGCACAACAUAGCAUUUUAAAAAUACAAACAAAAGUUCUUUUCCUGUGUGGAGAAAAGGCAGGCAGUUGACAUUAGGAGGGAGUUAAAUGUACAGGGGAAAGAGGAGCAGGAAGGCUCUUGAGUGACUAAAACUAAGUACAGAAGACACAUUCAUCAUUGGGUUUCAGCUGUGGGGUGGGGUGGGGGUGCAACUAGGAUCCCCACAGGCUGUAUCCUGCAGCUUUAUGAGCCUCUAGAAGACCUUCCCAAAUGCUAAUUAAGGAUUCUGUGCCCUUUUUGUAAGAAGCAUACUUCUUCAUUGUAUAUAUUCUUCAUAUAAGUGCUUUGGUAUCAUGCACACUCACAGUGGUCUCUUGCCUUUCAAUAAUCUGCUUCCUGUGGUAUAUUCGGGAAGUGUGUACCACACCUAUGCAUGCCACUGAUAGGAUUCUCCCAGAAAUGUGUUCCUUACCUGUGGAGCCCUUGCUGACUUCUAUUCCAGAAGCUGCUACAGUGGUACCUCGGGUUACAUACGCUUCAGGUUACAUACGCUUCAGGUUACACACUCCGCUAACCCAGAAAUAGUGCUUCAGGUUAAGAACUUUGCCUCAGGAUGAGAACAGAAAUCGUGCUCCGGCGGCAGCAGGAGGCCCCAUUAGCUAAAGUGGUGCUUCAGGUUAAGAACAGUUUCAGGUUAAGAACGGACCUCCGGAACGAAUUAAGUACUUAACCCGAGGUACCACUGUACUCUGUGGUGGGUUGCAUUGUGCUAGGACUGGAGAACACAGGAACUGCCUGGAAAUACAGACAUUGGUCUUCUGCGUAUUAAACGUCCAACCCAAGGGAUCACCAGAAGGAUAGAAACUUGCCCUUUUCAUAAAUGAAAACUUGAUUUGGUAUCUUUGACAGCUUCCCGGUUUCUAGAUCCCGACAGUUUUUAUCAGCCUGUUUUGUUGGCUUCAAGUUUAGCCAGUGCCUUUUAAACACUUUUGCCUUCUGCUUUCACUACAGUACUGCCCUGGCGGUGAGCUGUUUGAUUACAUCAUUGCUAAGGAUCGCUUAGCAGAAGAGGAAGCGCGCAUCUUUUUCCGCCAGAUUGUAGCUGCCAUUGCAUACGUACACAGUCAGGGGUAUGCUCACAGGGAUCUUAAGCCGGUAAGUGUGGAAGGUUGAAGCAGAGUUUCUUUAGGAAUAAACUAGCUGUAUGCCAGACUCCAAAUAGUUUGCUGGGUUGGCUGCUCCUUCUGUUUUGCAUGAAAGAAGCCCACAGCCAAAAAACCCAGUAUCUGACAUUCGGCCUCACUGCCAUUAUACCCACUGCUCUUUCCUUCUAGUCACACAUUUGUGGUUGACAUGUCACAGUGCUGUUGUGACGCGUGAAGCCACAGCUAGCAGAACUUCCAUGCUGCAGUCUAGGCUCUGCACCUAGCGAGAUGAUGCUCCCUUGCCCAUAAUCUAUGGUCCUCCAAGCUUUGCCUGCCCAACUGCUUCUGGCAAACGGUGCACUGUCUUCUUGUUUCACUUCCUUCAACCACCAUCCCUUAACUAAAAUUUAGGAACUAGGCUUCUCCCUUUCCACAGAACAUACAGCCCUUCCCUUCCUUUGAUUAGCUUUUACUUGCCUUGGUUUCCUCAAGACUUGCAUCAGCUGCCAGCCAAACUGACAUCUUUCUCAUCCCUUAUAGAAGCUGCAUUGUGAACAGCUUAGUUCCCAGAGCAUCUGAGCAUUCUGUGCCUCUAAUCCCACUCAGCAUAAUUAGUGUCGUAGAGAUUUUAGUGCAAGCUCCAUAAAGAUUCCUUUUGAUUUUCUUCCAGUUCUUUCUCUAGCUCGGUCUAACUAAGAGACCACCUGGUUUUGUUUUCUAUGUAUGUUUUUAGGGUUGGGAAUUUGACUGGAGUUUGUUUUCUCCUCGUCAACAAUUUACAGCACAAGGUUGCUGUGUAAAUUUACUUGCUUCUAACGUGCAAUCUCUCUUGUCAGGAAAACUUGCUGAUUGAUGCUGAGCAUAACCUGAAGCUGAUCGACUUUGGUCUCUGUGCAAAACCAUUGGUGAGUUUGUGCAAAGCAAUGAACUCUGCCAUUUUGUCAGUAGCACUAGAAAACACGGGAUACUAUUGCUGUCAUCAAGGUGAGAUGAUUGCUGUUUCAUCUCCAAACCAAACCAUGUCAGAGGUUUCCUGUCUUUCUUUCCUGCUCCAGAGAUGCAUUCUGAUUAAAGCUGGAUUUAAAUAGCUCUGCUCAGCCAUGGGCCUUCUGAAGCCCAGCCAUUCACUUGGUUCAUACUGAAAGGUGUGAUGUGAUUCGGUUUGCGUUCAGAUGACAUGCUCCCCCAUUAUAUAUCCUGGCUUAUCUUCUUUCCUACAUUGUGGCUCUUCCCAGUACAAUACUGAAGCAAUUCAAAACAUGUAAAUAUAGAAUUUUGGGCUGCUGGCUUCAGCAGAUUGUUGAAUUUCUGUUGAUAAAGGAUUGGAAACACAGGAUCCUGAACACAAGCUUGUUAUUAGACAGCUCUUUCCUUUCUUUAUCUGGCCCUAUGUGUGCUAAAUUGAAUUUAAGUGGGUUUGAGUACUUUGGCAGGUUAAAACGGAACAGGGUUAGAAGGUGGUUAGGGUGUCCUAGAGUUGCAGUUGGCAAGCAAACUUAACUUCAGAUAUAUAAUGACUUAGAGCAGGCAUCCCCAACCUGUGGACCUCCAACUGUUUUGGCCUACAACUCCCAUGAUCCCUAGCUAACAGGACCAGUGGUCAGGGAUGAUGGGAAUUGUAGUCCAAAACAUCUGGAGGGCCGAAGGUUGGGGAUGCCUGACAUAGUGGCUGAAAGGUGAAAGAGAAGAAUGCAAUAGUUUAACCCAGUGGUUUUCAACCAGUGUGCUGUGGCACCCUGGGGUGCCUUGAAUGAUAGUCAGGGGUGCUGCAGCCAGCACUGGCCUCUGUCCCUCUUUCCUUCCCUUCCUCCUCUGAUGCCCUCUCAUGUCUUUGCCUCCCAAAGGUCUGCACAGCUACACAGCAGCAGACGUGGCUACAAGCUCCCCAGGCGAAUGGAGCCUCUGGGGCUGGCCGGGGGGUGUUUCCCAGGCCCCUGUGGGGGAGUGUGAGGAGGCACCUCUCUUUGGGGUAGGGGGGGCAGCUCAUAGACAAGGGGCGGCAGCUGAUCCCAAGGAGAAGAGAGGAGGCUGAACAGCACAAGGGAAGGUGUUCGGAAAAAGGUGAGAGGCUGCCAGCUCUGCAGGCAAGGGGUGACAUAUCAGGGGUGCCACAGAAAGAAUGUAGUUGGUCAAGGGAGACUCAGAAAGGUUGGUUUAACCCCAUUGGGAACCGGGGAAGCAAUCCGACUUUGCUUUUAACAUCUUAGAUAUUUCGGGCUGACAGUGCCCACUGUCAAUUGCACACAUAUCUAGGUGAGAUGCAAAAUGUAUCCUGUUGCAGAUGUGGCUUACUAUGUUGUUCUUGCUGUAGGGUGGUCUGGAUUACCAUCUAAGCACUUGCUGUGGAAGUCCAGCCUACGCAGCACCAGAGCUGAUUCAGGGCAAAGCUUACAUUGGCUCAGAGGUAUUGUAGUAGAUUCUUUAACAUUUCUCGAUAUUGACUCUUGCAUACACAUUUUCUUUACAGAAUGGCCGCUGCGUAAAAUGUAACAAAGUCUGUUAACUUUCUGAAGCGGGAGCCAUUUUAAAGGGGCAUACGUGACAACUGUGUAUGUGGAUAAUAUUGUUUUCAGCGUCUUCUGCAAAGAUGCGGUCGUAGUCUCUGGUCAUCCCUUCAGUGCUGUUGCAUCUUUUAUUCCUCUUCUGCAAUAUCUUCCUCUGUUACCUUAUAGAGUAGGCAAUGGGGGCACCCUCCAAAUGGAACAGGAAAGCCUUCCUCUCCUGCCAGUCUUGAACCUUUUGUCUUAACACUCUACGAGCUGUGUGCUCUACCUCUCCUCUAAUGGCAUACAUCGCUGAUAGGCUAAAUCUAAUUUUUUGCAGUAUAAGAGGAGUGGCAGUGUCCACACUGUUGUCUGGCCUUUGUCGUCAGUGACUCAGUGGUGGGUUCUGAGAAAUUUAUGGGUGCUAGGGCCCAAGGGGCAGAGGCUUCUUCUUGACCUCACCCUGUUUUAAAUUGUGUGGUAGUCAAUCCCCUACUUUGCUCCAAACUAAUCUCCUCCCCAUCUUGCAGCUAGGAUGAGCAUUAUCCCUGCAAUUACACUGUCCUUUUGGGGGACAUUGAAAGCUGGAGACGAAGGCUGGGGCUUGUUGCUGAAAUGCUUUGAAGGCACAGGACCACAGAAUGCAGACCUUUGUCUCUUCCUCACCCACCCACAAAGAAAACUUCUUGGAGCUGCAAGGGAGCUGGGGUUUGUUACUGUAGGGUAGGGCUUUCUUGCAAGGUGUGCCACGCAACUGCAGGGGUGACCACGGCUCCAGCUUCAUGGUUGGGCAAGAGACUGGGGCUUGUUGUGCUCACCAGAGUGCAGCAGUGCAGCCUUUGUGGUGAAUGUGGCCAUCAACACUGGGGACCCCAAGGGCUGGGCAGUUAACAUCAAAAGUUGAUAGCCAGUACCUACCAUAACUGUUCAGAGGUGACCAUGACUUUGUUUAUUAUUUUGUAUUAGGGCUGUGUGGGAUGUUUGUGCACAAAGUGACCAACCUUUAUAUUUUUCUAACUUACCUGCUUGUCAUCCCAGGCUGACAUUUGGAGCAUGGGAGUGCUUUUGUUUGCUCUGCUCUGUGGAUUUCUACCAUUCGACGACGAUAAUGUUAUGGUGCUCUACAAGAAAAUAGUGGUAUGUAUUCUGGCAUAUGUACUGUUUCCAGGAUUUGGGUCUUCAUGCUUGUGGGAGGAUGCUUGAGCAGCAACCGUGGGAGAGACCUGUUUCCAACAGAGUUUGGGGGAUUUACAGCAAGAAGCCCUUUCAUAGCUCUUAAAACUUGUUCUCUUGAUCGUGCUGAUUCUCAUGGAAGCCUAAGGAUGCUCUUUUGUGAUAUCCCAGUGGCUUUUUUUUAAAGGCCCACCUUGGGAUAAUCUUGGCAUUUGAAUUCUGCUAUGUUCUUUCUUCAAUGCUCCCACCCCACCCAAACAUUCUUGUAGUCUGUUAGACGCUAUCGACUAUCUUACCAGAAGGGCACCCAGGCUCUUGUGUUGUGUUUCGGUCAGCCUUUUAGGAAAUCUCCUAAAAGUGCUCAUUCAUGGCAAGAGGCCAGGGCAGCAGCUUUGGCAUGCAGAAGCACUCAUUCAGUUGUAAGCACCCACAUGAUUUAAUCUGCCCAGGACAAUUUAUUCUCUUACCUUAGUCAGGUGUGUAAUUAUUUUUAUGCUGCAUGCAUUGGUCUUGGAGGUGUGGUGACUUUUCUCCCCAUGUUGUGAAGUACAGAAGGUACAGGCCUUCUGUAGCAUCCUCCCCCCACGCCCUGCCCCAUUGCUUGCUAGGAGGUGGGGGGAGCAUAUUGGUGAGAAAGCACACUGUAUUAUCUGGCUCUAGAUAGGGUAGUGCAUUAAAUCUCAGUUGUGAUAAAUGUUCAGGUCAGCACCUAAGAAACCUGUGCAACUAUAACUUGACACAGUGCCGAUCAAUUGGGCCUAAUCAUCCUUGGCUGCAAAUCCAGCAGUGUGCCUGCAAAAUGGCCCUAAGGUUUGGUUAAUAGCCUGUGCUUAACUUGAUCACAACUCUGCUUAGUGCUGCCACUAGGCGGGGGGUUACCUCUUACUCUGCUCAACACCUUCAGCCUCAACGGCUACAUGUUCUGCAUUCAGAAGGUCCUAGGUGUUGUCCCAGAAUCUCUGGUAGCAGAUGAGAGGCGUCUACUUUGAGACCCUGGAGAGUUGUUGCCAGUUAAAAUAGGCAGCACUGGACUUGGUGGUCUACAGGUUUGAGUCUGUAGAAGGCAGUCCGAGUGUUUGUGCUGUGUUGGACUUGAGGGCUUCCUGAUUUGGCCUUAUAAUGAAAGUAGGCCAUUCUAAGGCCUGGGUUAGGUAGCCAGCUGCCUCUUGUAACUUGACUUGCAGCUAAUAUGUGAGCUAAUACGAGAUAAAGUUAGAUUAUGCAAUGUACUGCUGGCUCAUACUAUAGUUGUGUAAUAUAUAAAAAAAUUUAAAAAAUUCUCCAGUAGCACCUUAGAGACCAACUAAGUUUGUUCUUGGUAUAAGCUUUUGUGUGCAUGCACACUUCUUCAGAUUCAUAUUUGAUAGAUUCAUAUCUGAAGAAGUGUGCAUGCACACAAAAGCUUAUACCAAGAACAAACUUAGUUGGUCUCUAAGGUCCUAACUGGAGAAUUUUUUUAUAUAUUUUGACUGCAUCAGACCAACAUGGCUACCUACCUGAAUAUAGUUGUGUAGGCACUUCUAGAUUUCUUCUGAAACAAACUCCUAUGUAACUAGCUUUUAGGGAUGAUCUGCAGUCAACAUCUUCUAGUUGCAUGAGAUUAAACAUUUCACAGAUUUCCCAUCCAUGUGUUUUUGCUUUGAAUCUUACUAGGUUUGUCUCUUCUAAACUGAAGGGUCCUAAUUUAGCUUUUCCUCUACUGGAGAAGGCAUUCUAUGUCCUGACCUCAUUUCUACUCUUCUCUAGCUUUGGAGGAAAGACAAAUCUCCUGCUCUGCUCAGUGUCAGUGAUAUGGCUACAUAUUAGCUUUUUAAAAAGGUGUACCCUGUCCUCUGCAUCCCUUAAGUUUGUUGGUGAUUAUUGUGUCUGCCCUUGGAAUGUGGAUGUUUUCCCAAGAGAAGAUUCUCUGAUCUUCAGUAAUGAAGACCCAGACCUUUCAGAUGAAUAAACCCUUGGAGGCAUUGCUUUAAAACAAUGUACAAUUACAUGGUAAUAUAAUAUAUUUAAGGACAAACUGUAAAGAUGCAGGCUUUGAUAGAAUUGAAAAGAGCUUUGGGGAAGCAAUUGAUUGCAUAUCUCAGAAUCAGGGUUCACAAUACAGGAGAAGGUAUGGAGGAAGGAAGUUAGCAUCUGGGGAGCCUGACUUGCCUUAUGACUUUGUGGUGGGCAUUGAAUAUAAACUGGGUGUAGGGAGGGAACUAACUUUAAUAAUAAUCACACUUCACCCUAAGGUCCCAGGGUGGGGUGCAACAAUUUUAAAGACAACAAUAAAAACAGUUUUAAAUUGGGAAAAAAAUACAGUCACAAAAAGUAGGAUCCUGAAAACAGGGUCCUGAAAACAGGGUCCUGAAAAUAUACGCAUCAGCUGUCAAAGGCCAGGGUAAAUAGGUGUGUCUUCAGCAUUAGCUGAAAAAUCUAUAUGGAAACCCAGCCAGUGAUCUAACCGCUGCAUUUUGGACCAAUUGAAGUUUCCGAGUCUUCUUCACACGGUGCACAGUGCAAUAAUCAAAUGAGCUCUGCAUUGUUGUUCAGAAGCUCUGAAGAGGCAGGAAGACACAACCCUCCUGUUCCUCCCGCUAAAGGCAUCUUUACUGUUUUCCCAAAAGCAAGGAAGGGAAACUUGAGGCUCACAUGAUUCUGUUGAACUCCAACUCCCAUCAGCACCAGCCAGGAUGGCCAGUAGCCAGGAAUAAUGGGAGUUGUAGUCCAGCAACUUCUGGAGGGCCACCAUCCCUGCCGGGAAACAGGGUCUUAAAAUCCUCACAGAGCUUGUUUCCAGUAAGCUUAAGAUACCAGAGGCUAUUGUAAAAAGUUUCUUAAAAAUAGAUGGUUAGACUAAGAAUGUAUUAUGCACAUCAAAUGACUAGGUGGGAGAAGGAAGGGAAAGGCCCCCUAAUGCCUGUAAACAAGGAGUGAUUAAGAUCUUUUUAAGGUGUCCAGGUCUGUGGCUCAAAACUACAAGCUACCUUGUGGAUCUUGAGCCUUUGGAUUGUCCUUCUGUCGCUUACCUGGUCAUCAAGCAAAAUCUAUUUCCUUUAUAAACCUAAGUUCUCAGGAACAGCUUUCAAUAGUUUCCCAUCUGCUCUUCGGUAGAUGGAUGAGUGCUGCCCACAGAUUAAAAUCACUUCUAGUUUUUCACUUCCAGCCCUCUUAAAUUAUCAGAAGCUAGAGAAGUAAAGCUGCUGAUCAAAAACUAUAGCUGUAGCCUACAUUUAUAUUUGGGCACUAAAUGUGCAGAAUAUAAUGUCCUUGACUCAUCCAGCGCAGUGAGGUGACGUCUGCAAUGAUUGAGUGCUAUGAUGCAGACUGUGGAAAGCUUCAAUCAUAUGGAGAAUUGGGUAUUACACUGGCUAUUAACACUGAAUUUCAUUCAUGCUCUUUGAGUUCACUCUUCUAAAGAUGAGAGGUUUCAUACUUAAUUUUUUUCUCUGCUUUUGGAGUAAAAUCUUGCGCUGCAUAGAUACCCAUGUUGGUCCAUUUAAUGUUCCUACCAACUUGCCCAGUGGAGGUCAGGCUAUGUUGCUGUUACUUUUCAGGGUCAACCCUGAAACCUAACAAGCACCCUAUAUUUUGCUUGGGGGGUGGGUGGUAGAAAACUGAUGGGUUCAAGUGAUGGCUGUUCCACUAAUUCAACUAGAACUAAUGCUAAAACUACUUUCUCUACAGAGGGGGAAAUAUGAGACACCAAAAUGGCUCUCACCUGCCAGUGAACUACUGCUGCACCAGAUGCUGCAGGUAAUAAGAGCAUAAGUGCAAUGGACCAAUAGUUCAGUAUUCUGUUCUUACAGUGACCAACCCAGAUGUCUAUGGAAAGUCCACAAGCAGGAUUUGAGUGCAACAGCACUCUUCCAACCCCUGAUUCCCAGUGACAGGUAUUCAGAGGCUUCCUAAGUCUAGCCGUGGUGGGAGAACAUAGCCAUUGUCAGUGACCUAUAGCCUUAUCCUUCAUAGAUUUGAUUCAUCCAAGUUGGUGGCCGCCUCCACAUCUGGUGGAAGCAAAUUCUCUUUCUGCCCCACUUCUAGUAAAUGUCCUCUUUUCUCUGGAAUGGUCUUCUAAUAGGAGCAGUGAUUUAAGGAACGUUGGUGUUUUAAGUCCACAGAGCCCUGAAAGAGGUCCAUCACGUUUUCCACAGUGGCCAGUUAGGUGCUUCUGAGAAGCCCACCAUUAGGGCAUUCAAGCUGGCCUUGAAGCAUGCUGUCUCUGGAGGUUGCUAAUAGCUGUCAACAGCCCUAUCCACCAUGAAUUUGUCUCAUCACUUCUUACAGCGUUGCACCUUUAUUAUAUAAAGAGGAGGGAAAUACAUGAAGGCUUCAGCUUGAGUCGCUUUAGUAAAAAGCAACUACUGUUCUUCCUUUUACUCCACCUUGUCUUUAAAAAAGGGGAGAAAUCCCAAACUGCUUAACAAAAGUGGGAAAUUAAGAUGGAUGUGACCAGACUCUCUCCUGCCAGUUGCAGGGAUGCAAGUUACUGAUCCUUGUGCCUCACGCAGACAUCACAAUGAUACUAACAGCAUUUUACAGUUUUACAGUUUCUUAACAUAGUAAAGCAAAUGAAUGGAACAUUACAUCCCUGAAAUCAGGGCUGAUGGAAUGGUUUUCAUGAUAGUUUUCAGGACAAACCUUCAGACAUGUCUUGGAAAAACUAUGUUUAGCCUUUUGCUUAACUGCACAGCUCCAUCCUUAUAGCAGAGGAUUGCUAAAAUAUAUGGUACAGUUAUUUAUUCUGAUUAAAGUAACUGUUUCUUGAAAUGCACCUCUACUCUUACCCACUAGGUGGACCCAAAGAAACGGAUUAUGGUUAAGCAUCUCUUAAGUCACCCGUGGCUCAUGCACGGCUACUCAUUUGCUGUCCAGUGGCAAAGUAAAUAUCCUGUGAGUAUACAGAUUCAUCUGAACAAGAGCAAUAUAACAAAGCUGAACCUGUCCAGUUAAUACCAAAACGAAGUAUUGCAUCGCAGAAGCCAAAGUGCCAGGGCUGUGCCAAGUAUAACUCCUUUGACCUGGGAAUAAUAGUGUGGUCAGGGUGGCACACUUGCUUGUCACUUGAGGCAAGCAGGGAGCUCCUGAUGCUUCCGGCCUGUGUGAAAAGGAGUCUACUGACUGCAGUGGGCUGGGUGAUAACAUCUGCUCCUGGCAAAUUGGUAACUACAGGAACCUGGCUAUAGAGCAUACACUGAUUGUUGUGUCGUUUUGAUUAGCGCUGCUUAUAAAGAAUUGAGGGGGGGUAGUGGAGGAGGAAAUAAUUCAGCUUAUACCUGCUAUUUUUAAUCUUUUCCCCAAAGGGCAAAAGCUGGGGAAAGGUACUUUGGAAAGGCUUUCCUGAGUAAUCUGAUGGGUUCUGGAGGCCAAUUGUAUUCAGCUAGGCAAGAGAGAGUAAUGCCCUUUCUGCUGCUCUUGGUUGUUAAUGGUGCUAAGGUUACUUGGAGAGAAAUUAGAAUGCCCCCCCCCCUUUGCGCAGAACUGGUAGCUUGUAUGCACAUGCAGGUCAAACCCCUAAGGAUCUGGAGGUCAUGGUCUUCCAUUUGCUUGGUUCUGGGAUUCAGUUUGGGUUUGUAUAAUGUACAUUUUAGCCUUCCAUUCUUUUUCUCUCCUCACUGUUCCAGCCCCUACUUUGUUUUGAGAAGUGGUCUCAUUCUGCACUGCUUGUGGCUUGAUCUGAAACUAAUUACUACUAAAAAUAAAAGUGUCAGUUCCGUUGAAAAAAAAAACAAAACAAAGCUGAACCUAGGCUAAUGUGGCAUGGUAACAAGGUGAAGUUUCUCUCCUAAAUGGAACACUAAACUGAAUCUUCUAGGUCUUUCACAGAGUGUUGUGUGUUUAAAAGAGUUCAGAAUUCUUAUAGUGAAAGAAAUGAGUGUUCUUGCAUGAUGCAGCCAGCUGCUAAGCAUUGUGUGUACUGUCUGCACCAGUGGUUAAUACAAGUCUCCUGUGGGUUUCUAGACUGAGCUCAAAAGCAAGCUGCACCUUUAGUCUGUACUUGCCUACCAUUAUGAAGUUUUAAAGAGCAUACACAACACAUUUAACAAUGAGCCAUAUAUGUGUAUCUGUGUCAAAACAACCUGAUUUGACUGGAAUCAAACAGCAGUGAUGAGAGAGAUCUGACAUAUUAUUUUAUACAUAUUAUAUAACUAAAUUGCCGUUGCCUUCUUUUCCUCAUUAAGUCAGCACUGAACACAUGAGCAUAUAGCUCAGUGGUGGGGACCUUCUGGCCCAUAGGUCUAGCUAGAUCCACCAGUCUGCUCCCCGCAAACCACACCGACCUUCUGCUUCUGAUGCCAUGCCUGAUGUCGGGUGCAGGAAAUUUCAAGCCACAACUAAUAAUGAAGAUGUGCGCUUGCAAUUCUUCUUUUGUAUUCCUGACUCUAAGCCAGGAGUGAAAUGGAUCUUCCUUUGCAGAUGUGACUUGAGCCAACGAAAGCCUGGCAAAGUGACCUGCAGUAGGGGAGAGCUGUUCAUUGAAUUCAGACAUAGAUACAUACAUAGGAAGCAGCUGAUUGACUUUGUCCAUCUAGCCUGGCAUGGUUUGUUCUGACCAGCAGAGGCUCUCCACAGUGUUGAGUGGAGACCUUUCUGUGCAGCCAAAUAAGCAGCAGGUCCAUUUGAAAUCUAGUGGAUGCUGUGCUUGCAUAUAGGCGAUGAGCCUGACGAAAUUAUUCACACCGGCCACUGCCCAUUGAGUGUCACUGUUUCUCUAUACUAGAACAUUCUACCUUUAUUUAUGCUUGGCUACAUAUACUUAAACAUAUUUUGUUUCAGUUCUUCCCUCCCGGACUGCAAAGUAAAAGUAUGCUGUAGCACCAGGCACAAUAGGAGAUCAUCCAGAAUUGGUUUCAAUCCAGAAAUAACUGCUAGUGAGAACAAGCUGAGACAUACUAGCUCUCGACAUCUAAACAUCUGACACUAUAUCGAUUCUGCUAAGUGAACUAUGAAAAAUACACAAAACAGGGCUGCAAAAACUAAUAGGAAACUGAACUCUUGACUUCAGAAAUGCUUGCCCUGUUCCAAAUAUUUAUAUUUUCUCACCAUUUUAAGUGGAGGGUCCUCUCCCCACCUCCAGCUCUAAAGUGUGCAGAUGACUAGUGUUAAUAGAUACCAACAUAAUGCUAUGCAUUAUUAUGUAGUCCUGUAAAUGAUUCCCCAUGGGUAUUUUGCAAUCAAGGAUUACAGACCACUUGGGUAUUUUUUUUUUCAAACAAAAUUGUGUAAAUAAGUACGGGGGCAGGUAUACUUAAAAGCAAAAUGUUCUGGAGAUCUGACAGUUAAGAGUAGACAUAGUGAUCCAGUGGAAAAGUGUGUGGUGGAAAAGAGCCAGCAGUGUGCAGGUCUUUAAAAAAUGAGGGUGGGUGUAUCGGCAGCUUUAACACCAAUAUUUAAACACAUCUUUUUCCCUUCCAGCUUGGGCGUCUUGAUGAAGACUGCAUAACAGAACUUUCGGUGUAUCACAAAUGUAGCAGAGAAAGUAUGGCUGAGAUGAUUUCAGAGGUAAUGUUUGACUUUAAUAAUAAUUCCUGAGAGAUUUAGUUGUUCAUACAUCUAAUAUUCAAUCCUGUAGAGUGUGUCUCAAAACUAACAUCUCUAUUUUAGAACUACGUAGUUUAAGCCCUCUAAUACAUCUGUGACUGUAGCUGCCUCAAACUCUAAAUUUAGAACUGUUACUGAAUAGAUUGGUCCGCUGCUAACAGUCAUCCACUGCAGUGAAUGGCUGGGAGAGGGUUAGGGUUUUUCAAGACUUUACUCUUGGUCAUGGGUAGGCAACCUAAGGCCCGGGGGCCGGAUCCGGCCCCAUUGACUUCUAAAUCCGGUCCGCGGACAGUCCAAGAACCAUGUGUUUUUACAUGAGUAGAAUGUGUGCUUUUAUUUAAAAUGCAUCUCUGGGUUAUUUGUGGGGCAUAGGAAUUUGUUCAUUUAUAUAUAUUUUCCAAAAUAUAGUCCGGCCCCCCACAAGGUCUGAGGGACAGUGGACCGGCCCCUGCUGAAAAAGUUUGCUGACCCCUGCUCUUGGUUCUUGUGCUGGGAAACAUGAGCAGCUGAGUCCAGGCACCUUACAGCUUAAGCUACCAGUACAGCUCCCAUACUAAUUAUUUGCCCAGUCUCUGGUAUGGUGGCAUCUGCUUGAACUGCAGCUUUUCAGCCUGCUAUGGACGUGUGAUUUGGUUAGCUCUCUCUAUGGUUUUUACUUCCAGUUAUAACCAAAGUUCCUCAAUAUCUCAUUCAUCUGCGGGUGUUAAUAGCACAGACCACCCAUCUCAUCUGGAACUUCAUAUCUAAUCUGCCUUUGACUCAUGGCUAUCUUCUGAAUAGACGUCAUCUGCCUCUAGCCUGUUCUACCUUUGCCAGAAUCAGCCCCUAGUUUCAGCCUGUCACAAAACUAGGCUCCGGCCUAUGAGAGACUUGCUGCAGCAACCCAAGUUUAUACCUUAAACACGACCAGAAUCAUUUGUCAGACACAUACUUUUCUGAACAAGCUUCUUUGGAGCGACAGAGUUCCAUGAAGAUAAAAACUGGAAACAACUGGAACUCUACAGAAGGACAUAACUUGAUAUGUUGGCUAUGAACAGAAGUAACAUUCCUUAUGUCAUGUUUCCAUCUGAAGAACUCAUUCAAGAUUUAGAUGCAUUGGGACGCUUGGAAAAUGUGUAUCUUUAACUUCUUUGUUUCUUUAGCCUCACUGUUUGAGGUUUGUUUAUGACACUAACAUACAAAUACUUGGAAUAAGUUUCUUGCUGGUACUUUUUUGGUGAGAUCAACAAAUUUGCAGUUCUGCUACCCAGCAGCAGCAAACCUGUCUGAAGAGGUGCCUUUUACAUGCUUCUGCAAUGGAGCAUACACAAAAAUUAAUGAUAAAGUGCAGAUAUUCCCAUUCUGUGUACUGUACACUAAAUUAUAUCUUUGAUUUAGAAUUUAAUCUGAUUAGAUCUGAUCUUUGGAACACUGGCUUAAGUUGGUUGUCUUCAAGUUAUUUACUAUUAAAAGAAUGUUUUCCAUAUCAGCCAUGAAAUCCAUAUUGCAGAGGAUGCCAGGUAUCAGGCCAGGCCAAUUGGUUCACAAAGGGUGAUAGGUGUGCUCUUUGGCAUCUCUCAGAGCAUACUCUAGCAGUUUCCAGCAUCUAUGUUGCCUGAAUAAAUGUUGGUGAGCAAUAAUCUGACUCUUCAGGGAAUUGUUCUCAUCACUGGUCUCGCUGAAGAACCUGAUAGGCUUCUGUGGGAACCACAGGAUUCCCCUUAACACAGUUCAAAGCCACUGAUAUAAGCAAUUGGUCUCUUGCAAAUAUCCUCGUCAAUAGACUUUACCAGUUGUAAGUAGAAAUUCUUGUGUUUUGCAUCUCUUAAGAAGAACUUGCAGAUCUAAAUUGUUGCUGCUCAGGCAGCAUCUUCAUGGCAAUCAGCUGCUUAUUUCAUGGUAAGAAUUUGCAUAUUUCAUGGCACAUUGACUCGGAAGUACGGACUAUUCUACAAUUAUAAAAUUAAUGCAGUAGAGGUUUGAGGCAGAAGGUGAAUUUCACAGAAAUCUGUGAUCAUAAUGGUGGGGGGAGACGAAUUAAUGGAGUUUUGAAUCUAAAUUGCUAAACUUAUUUCAGAUGGGCAUGAACAUGGCUAGGGUUUUUUAAAGGGUUUUUUUUCAAAGUUGUUGAAAAGGCAAAAGCAAGAGAUGUAUAAACCUAAUUUUUCAGAUAAUUAUGUUCGGUUCUAUAAUAAGACAAAAAUUGUUUUAGAACUAGCCUAUAUAUUCAGAACUCUGACAUCGCCUUCCCUUCAAGAAAAAAGGAGGAGGGGGGUUUUGAAGUGUGGGAAGGAGAAGGCACUGGCUGAGCAGCCUUUUCUGGUGCUUUUUGAGGAAAGUAUUUAUGUUCUGAAAUCUUUCUAGUUGCUUCCUUAUUCCAUCAUCUGGCACUGCAAGAUUCCCUUCACUUAGCAUAGGACUCCCUUGCCUUUUCCCCAAUUUUCCUUUUUUAAAAUCUCUGUCCUGGAGUUCUGCUUGGAUAAACUUUUUGAUAUGAUGGUACCAGUGACAACAUGCCUUUUAUGUUCUCAUGUGUAAAAACCCAUUGGCUAUAUUUGGAAGGAAAAGUUUACAAAAAUUCUGUGCUGAACACAAUGAAGUUACAGUAAGGUGUUUUUUAAAAGGUGGGGUAAAAAAUACUUAGACUAUAUGCAGUUUAAGCUUUUCUGGAAUGUGGCAUUGAUUUUAGGUACCUCCACCCUCCACUGUCCCCUGCUUUUCAAGAAGAUGGCUGAGAAAGUAACCCAGAUCUAUUUGUAUUCUUAGUGGAAAUAUGAUCAUGUGACUGCAACAUACCUUUUGCUUCAAUCAAAGAAAGCACAUGGUAAACCUGUUCGUCUAAGGAUUCCAAAUGUAAUGGCAGAAGGUGCUAGCAUCACUCCAUCCAGAGAACAGAAGGUGUGUGAUUCAUAUUUUGUCACUGUCUUGCUCCUAAAGCUUGCUGUGUUUUCAUUCCCGCCCCCCCGCCCCCAUGAAUGGUGCAGCUAAACAAGCCUUUGCUGGGUGUUUUGACUUGGCAGCAAGUAGUAUAAUGAAAUUUCAGCUAUAGAAUGAACUAUUUAUUUAUGAAAAUAUUUUUACACCCCAUAUCAUAACAUACCAGGAGGGUAUGCAAUAUUAAAACAUAAAACAAAAUUAAAAACAAUACAAAUAAUUAUUAAAGUGACCGGGUAGUUAAAAAAAUGGCUACAAAGGUUUAAAAUGAAGUGUCUUCAAUAGAUGAAAGUCAAAAGUGAGAGUGCUUGAUGAAUCUCUCCUAAAAGGGUGUUCCACAGCAUGGGGCUGACAACACUAACUUCCAGUUGAGGUCAGUUGGGUCACUGUUACAUUGGAGACAGCUCAUAACACUGCUCUAGAGCUGGAACCCAGAGAAGGGACUGAAGGCACGGGAUAUCCCUAUGUUUAAAUCUAAGCAAAUCUCUGCCUGCAUGGAUGGGAGAUUGCUUGGCAGUGCUAUCUGAGUGGUUAUGACCUUUUGAAAGGAAGGAUGUGACAGAAGUAUCAAAAAUAAAAUGGUUUUUUGCCACAGAACCCUCCAAACGCAAAGUGCUGUUUCCUCUUCGAAGCAGGCUGUAUUGUCCAAGCCUUCAUUACAGUGGAACCAAGGCAGGCUUGAAUCUUAUGAUUUGCCGGAUGCUGCUGAAGGACAUUCCUAAUACGGAUGAUGCCUUGUCAAAGGAUCAGACAAGGUCCUCUGAAGCCUUUUGCCUCCCCUCCAAGGGGAUGAGGCUUCCCUCUCUCCAGAAUGACCAAGUGGUAGGAAGACAGCUUAAUGCUGAACCACGGGAACUGAGUUGAACCACUCAGUUCAGCAUGGUAUGCUCGUCAUUCACUAAGCUUUUCCUUUCACCUCACUGAAACAAAUAAGUGUGGGUACCCAAAAGGCUGGAUUAUUAUUUUUGUAAUGUCUUUGAGACAUUUAGAAUUAACUGAAGGGUUUUGAAAGUGCACUCAUUUAAUGAAAUGAACUAUACCUCUUUGAACAGGUUUUCAAAAAGGCCCUGUCUUACGAUGGUAAUCUAGAUGGGAAUGAAAUGGCAUGUGGCUUUGGAUCCAUGGAAUUCCUAGCCUGUUAUGAGGAAUCUCAGCCUGUUUGCAAUACACCCAAAACAAAGCAGGUAUCUUGUACCUAUUAACUAAAUGAUAGAUUUUUUUAAAAAAUUAUGCUUGCCUCUGAUGUUUAAAACGUUGGUAUUGGCUUAGAGGUUGUGGUUUACCUAAAACAGCUUGUGCUUGAGAUAUUGUGAGAGGUGGGCAUUGCUAUCAGUUAGGUAUGUCCUAUUUCAGUAGACCAUGAGAGAAGAAAAAGCAUAUUUAGCAUGGGUGGAAUAGCCCAGUGGUAUCUGGUUCCACUAGGGAAGGAGGUAGUUGAAUAGUAGAGCAUAUGCUGUGUGUACAGAGUCCCAAGUGCAACUGCCGGUGUCUCCAGGUGGAGAUGAGAAAGAGUCCUGCCUGAAACCCUAGAGACUUGCUGCCACUGAGUCUAGGCUAGGGGUAGCCAAUGUGGCACCCUCCAGAUGUUGUUGAUAUGUCCCAUCAGCCUGAAUCACUGCAGCCAGUGCUUGGAGAUGAAGGGCGUUGUAGCCUGCAACAUCUGGAGAGCACAGUGUUGCCACUGUCUCUGGUGUAUACCGUUCUGAGCUAGAUGGCUUAAUGGACUGACUGUAUAAGGCAGCUUCCAUAGUUUGUUGGGGAGCGUCUGAUGCCUUAGCAUUGUUAAGCUUAAGCAGGUGUGGCCUAGUCAGUGUCUAGGUGGAGACCAAACAUAAGUACCUUUGAGCUUUCCCAAAGAAGAAUGGGAUGGUUCCAGUGCAGAGUAAGUGGGACUGGGCAUUGUUAGACUAACAUUAACAUGAUGUAACUGGAAGUUACAGAACUUGGGUGAUGUGUUACAGGGCUAUUCAUGGUAGAAGUGCAAAUAGCGAUAAGAUGAGUCAAAUAAAAACCUUAACCAAUGCUUGAAUUGGCUGUGAACAACUUGGCGUUGGCAAAGGUCCGGGAUAGUGUUGUAUUGAUGGAAAAUACAGGCAACAAUCCUGCUCAUUCUCCACUAAUCAAUUACAAGGUGUGAUCAGAUACACCCCUUGUAGCAAUAGUUGAACAUUUCUGUCUCUUCUUGCGAAAAGUCAGUGAGAGAACACAUGUGUGCCUCUGUGUAAAAGUCAAAUGGUGUCAUGUAAGGGGUGAGAGAAACUGGAUCAUUUAACAUACAUCAGGUACAGAUAAUCCUGCCUUGUUAGGCCAAGCUGUGUCUAAUGAACACAAUAAGUUGCCAACAUGCCUGUGGUGGCUUGGGUCGUGGCCUGCUGUGAACAGUGUACUGAUCUGCACUUGUGACUUGUCUGGGAUGGGAAAAAUAGGUUCCCCUUCUCAAAAUAUUUUCUUUUGAAAAGCCUCAGUUGUUCCUGGAUGGUGGAGAGUUCACACCGCCUCUGCUUCCUGUGCCAAGGAGAAGAGCCUCAAAGAAGCAUGCCAACAAAGAAAACUCUGGUGCUUGUUCUACGGCAAAGCCAGAGCCGUUUAUUCUUCCCCCUCCAAAGACACCAGCUUGGGUCAUGAAUGAGAAGAGAGUGCUCACAACGCCAAAUCGUGCAUUUCUGCCUGAAGGUAUGGCUUGGAAAUGAGAAGGGAUUGCUGUUGGAAACAGAAAACUGUUAACAAAUACUAUUUAUUUUUUAUUGGACAGGAUUUACCACUUAAUUUCCCAAAACUCCAAGCAGUUUACAUGAAACAUAUACCAGACUGGAGGGUGGGGCUCAAGGCAGUAACUACAGGUUAACAUCUGACAUUGGGGUGUGUGGAAUUGUUGUGUUCGAGUCUUCCUGCUUCAUGGUGUAUUGGAGCACUUGUCCUGUGUCCAGCUGUUGCUCUAGGUUAUCUUGCCUCUAGGCCAAAUAACAAAAUAUCACUUCUGCACCUAUCCUUCCCGGGAGGGGUAUUCCAAGGGGGCAUGAGCAGGAAGCCCUAAUUAAUCAAUUAUCUUACUGACGGUACUUUUUAACGAGGCCUGCUGUGCAGAAGUGGGUGGGUGGGUAGGAUAGCUCCUUACUCUGUACCUUUUUUAAUAAACCUGUAACAGUUUGCUCAAGGUAUUUCCACAACCACUUUUUUAAAAAGUAUUUCAUUUUAUUCAUAGUUAUUAGGCUGUUGAAAACUACUAUGCAGUUAGCCAAACACUUCUGACUUUCUUUCACAUCUUUUUGUGUUGACCAGCAGAAUAACUAUUAGUUGAAACUGCAUUCUCCCCAGGCCCAACUCCCCUACCAUCAGUUCAGCUUCUUGUUUAUGUUAAGAAUCUCUUCCUUCAAAUCUCUUUUAAAAUCCACCCUCUGCUCUGAACUGUGGCUUAUAUCCCAUUCAAUAUUCCUCUUGGGGGGAGUGGGGUAUUUCCUUCUGGGGGGGUCCACUGAGGAUGCUGGGUCCUUUCCAGGCUGUCUGGUUAGGAGAGGAGCCUUGCAUUUACAAACUGAUUUUGCAGCGGGUGGGGGGGAAUACUCACGAAUGGCUGUUUUUCUACCAAACUAAGAGAAUAAUGGGAUUAAGCAUGGGACUAAGAAGGGCUGAUAAUGCAUCUUUCUAAAUAGACUCAAAACUGGUUGGUGCUUCUUGCAGAGAGAAGUCAAGCAGCCACCAGUGAGACCCCAGUUAAACUACCAUCUUCUACAAAACCGUGUGAAUUAGAAGCCGGAGUCAUUAGCCCUGAGAGAAGGUAAAUGUCCGGUUAACUUGAGCAUAUUCAGGUAGUCUAUUGUACAAUCUUAAUCCUUGUAUUGAUGGGGGAAAGCUUUUUGCAAUGGCAUCUGUUUGCUCUGUUAUAACCUAUUUAAAUCCGUUCCUACAUUUACCAACAAAUAUUAAAAAGCUGCAGAAAAAAAAUCUUACAUUACACACUUCAGUAGUCUUGGAUGCAUUCCUGUUUUCCAUAAUUAAAAUUCACUCUUGUGCCCCCAGAGAAUUGGAGCAUAUAUACAACUCGCUCUCAAAAUCCCAAAUUACUGUUGUGCAGCAGGUCCUUUUAGCCAUGUAUUUUGUCAGUUUCCCCUUUCUCCCCUCUUCCUUCCCUCCACCCCCACAAAAGAGCAGAAGCUGAAAGACCUUUUUACUGAUGUAUCUAAAAACUGUCAAUUCCCAGCCACUGAAAACAACUGUGCACUUGCUAUCUCUGAACAUGACAGGUGUCGCUCAGUGGAAGUGGACUUGAACCAAGCUCAUUUUGAAAGUGGUCAAAAGAGAAAAGGAACCAAGAUGUUUGGGAGCCUUGAAAGAGGCCUGGAUAAAGUUAUUACAAUGCUUACACCAAACAAAAAGAGAGGCUCAACCAAAGAUGGUCCAAGGAAAUUAAAGGUAAGUUUGCUGAAUUACCUGGGAUUUCUUUUACUGAUGAAACUAUCAGUGAUGUAUCAGUAAGCAUACAUGCCUGUUUGGGCUAUGGAGGUCUAUGGCUAUGAUUCCCCAAGCAGCAAGCCCUCUCUGUACUGGAGACAUUGUGGUUGUUGUUUUUUAAAGUCUAAUAAAGUGGUGUCUCAUCCUGGAAUAGCUAACUGGGGGAAAAAACUAGUGGUAUCCAUCUCUGCAGACUUGGAGCAGCUACUGUGUAAUGCUUAAACACCAUCUGCACAUGACAUCCUAGACUGAGUUGCCUUGUCUUCCAAGCUUUUCAAGUGCGCCCCCAGCACUAACGAAAAACUUUCUGUUUUUGUGCUACACUUAAAUUCACAGUCCAGUAAGCUUUCUCGUUGCUGAAGAGGCUAAAUUUGGAAGGUUACUUGCAGAUCUAAGUCCAAAUGAUGGUCAGCUUUAGCAACUAUCAACUUUUGGAUUUUGGUUGCAGAGAUUCAGCUACAGCUGAAUACCCUUGUUCUACUAAAUGACUCUUGCCAUGUAGCCUGUCUGAUCCAGGCCACACAAAAAGCUGACGAAGGCCCAAAUGCCAUGCUUAACAAGUAGUAGGCAAGUAGGUGCCAGUUCUGUGAUGCUUGCAGGGGAUUUCAUGUCAUGGAUCAAAACUUCUGAGUUCUUUCACUUUUAAAGUUCAAGGUGCAAGUGGCAGCAAAUAUGAUUUGCUAGAACAGUAAGAAAUUUUAUUUCAGUAAAGCGAGGCCUCAGCUUCAUAGAAAUUAUUUGGAUGGGGCUUCCUUGCAGGUGUUGGGAAUGUCAAACAAAUGUCUACGGACUUUUGUGCAUAAAAGUCUGGCAUGAAACAUUGAAUUUAAACAAAAGAGAACCUUAAGGCCUUAUGCCUAGUUAAAGCCUACUAAACAUGCUGGGAAGAAUGAUUCUUCCAGUACUUUUAAUGGCACUUAUGUAGCAAAGAACAACAUUUGGAAGCAGAGGAAAUGGCCUUAUACCAAGCCAGACCAUUGGUCCAUCUAUGCAGCUCAGGAUAGGCUGCUUUGACUGGCAGCGACUCUCCAGGAUCUCAGAUGGUGAUCUCUCCCAGCCCUGCCUGGACAUGGAUUGAAUCUCGGAUCUUCUGUGUACAAGGCAGAUGUUCUGCCAUUAAGUCAAAGCCAUGGGCCGUUAAGACUCAUAACGUCUUUCUCAUCCUCUCCUUCUCAUUUCUUUCUGAAAUAAUGUAGCUGGUGUUUGAACGUGAAAUGCAGAAUUGUGUCCUAAACGUGCACCAAAUGUGUUGUUCUCUAGGCUCAUUACAAUGUGACCACAACAAACCUAUUAAAUCCAGAUGAGCUGUUGAAGGAAAUAAUUGCAAUCCUUCCCAAAAAACAAGUUGAUUUUGUACAGAAGGGGUAAGUAAAUAUUCAUUCCUUAUUUCAGUCUGGUAUCUUUAUCAGAUAAUUUUUCCUCGAUCCUCUAACAAGCUGCUAUCUUGCUCAUUCUGUAUUAGAAUUGUGGCCUGGUUUGCAUGUUGCACUAAACCAUAGUUUUAUUUUAACUAUGCUUUAAUGUAAACGAGCAGUUAGUUGGCACCCUGCUGAAAUUACAUGUACUUAGCUCUUCCCUGCUUCUGCUGCUGGGAAGCGAGCCAUGGUUUGGCUUGUCACCCAGACCUGCACUCAUGGUUUAUUUCUCCCCAAACCAAGUUGCAAUUUAAUGAGUGCAAACAACUACUUGGCAGAAAGAACAUUUUCUUGAUAUCUUUCUAAAGGACACAUCACAGUCAAUUUUUAAAAUAUGUGUGCCUCUGUCUCGUAGCACCAUUUUUCUUUUCCUUUCUUAAAGGCCUGGUCCCCAUCUUGAUUGAUCAUUAACUGAGUCAGUUACUGAUCAAACGAAUGUAAGCAGCCUUAAUAACCUCAAGUGGAGAUGUGUCACACUCAAAGGGCCACAAUCAAUGUCACAUCUUGUAAAUCAAUACCUUCCUCUACUGGAUUGUCUUAUGAGCUGCCUGAUAAAACACUGAGCAUCAGGUCAGACGACAGAAUCAGCAGAACUAAGUCAAAAUCCUAUCCCCCUGCCCCACAGUACCCCUUCAGGCGGGUGGCAUGUUAGUGCCCCCUUGUGGGGGGGGGGCUUUCCUGCAUAAAGAGCUAGAAAGUCAGGGGCGGUUUCUUUUCAAAGGGUGGGUGGAUGCAUUCAGUACAUAGAGCUCCCCACCUGUAUCUCCACUAGAGCUGGGCAAUAUCUGCUUUUCAACAUUGUGAUAUAUCAGCAGCUAAAUAUUGCGACAGCAUCUUAAAAAGUAGAGACAUCACCUUGCCAACAAAGGUCCGUAUAGUUAAAGCUAUGGUUUUCCCAGUACAGUGGUACCUCGAGUUACAUACACUUCAGGUUACAUACGCUUCAGGUUACAGACUCCGCUCACCCAGAACAGAAAUCAUGCUCUGGCGGCACGGCAGCAGCGGGAGGCCCCAUUAGCUAAAGUGGUGCUUCAGGUUAAGAACAGUUUCAGGUUAAGUACGGACCUCCGGAACGAAUUAAGUACUUAACCCGAGGUACCACUGUAGUGAUGUAUGGAACUGAGAGCUGGACCAUAAGGCUGAUUGCCGAAGAAUUGAUGCUUUUGAAUUAUGGUACUGGAGGAGACUCUUGAGAGUCCCAUAGACUGCAAGAAGAUCAAACCUCUCCAUUCUGAAGGAAAUCAGCCCUGAGUUCUCACUGGAAGGACAGAUCCUGAAGCUGAGGCUCCAAUACUCUGGCCACCUCAUGAGCAGAGAAGACUCCCUGGAGACGACCCUGAUGUUGGGAAAGAUGGAGGGCACAAGGAGAAGGGGACGAGAUGGUUCGACAGUGUUCUCGAAGCUACCAGCAUGAGUUUGACCAAACUGCGGGAGGCAGUGGAAGACAGGAGUGCCUGGCGUGCUCUGGUCCAUGGGGUCACAAAGAGUCAGACACGACUAAACAACAAAUAUUGCGAUGUACUGAUAUAUCACGAUGUGUGAAGUUGCAAGCCCCCAUACCACUUUGGCUCCCACAAGCAGGAGCUAAAUGUGGGUUUGAUCAACUGAGGGGCAGGCAGCCUCCCACCCACUCCUCAGCUGAUCAAGUCCCCAAAGGGGGGCUUCUUUAAAUUGUUCAGCUGAGGUGCCGCUGGCUGCGCACCUGCCCGCCCCUCAGCAGAGCAGUUAAAACAAGCUGUGACAACACCAUCCUGCUCACGGGAGCCAGAGGCAGGGGGCUUGAUCAGAUGAGAAGCAGGCUUCCUUAAACUGCCCGCUUCUCAGCUGAUCAAGGCAAUUUUAGUUGGCGAUACAUUGCGGCUUCUUGGCUGCCGACAGCACAGUGCAGGCAGGCAGACUAGAAUGAGGUGGGCUGUGCUGGUGGUCUGAAAAAGUCUGAAUCUGGUAUUGCGGUUUGACCAUCAGACCGGUUUCCGACAAUUACUUGUAAUAUUGCCCCAGCUCUAAUCUCCACAUCUUAGAAAAACCUUUCCCACUUUAUUCUACCGACUGAAUGUACCGGCUGCCCAGUAGAUCGUGUGCAGAAAAGUUGGCUCUUGUCACCAGAAUUAUUUCCCCUGCAAUCCCUGACUUGUAAGUACCUGAACUAAUUCCCCCUUUCCUUUGUCUUACACAGCUAUAAACUGAAGUGCCAGACCCAGUCAGACUUUGGCAAAGUGACAAUGCAGUUUGAGCUGGAAGUUUGCCAGCUAAGCAAACCUGAAGGCGUGGGCAUUCGGAGGCAGCGGCUGAAGGGAGACGCCUGGGUCUACAAAAGACUAGUGGAAGAUAUCCUAUGUAGCUGCAAGCUAUAACUCUUGGUUCAUGGUGAGAACAUGGACAGUUUUAACCAACCUAAGCCAUGUUCAUUUUAGUUGUUAGUAAGCUUGCCUAAUCUAACCCAAGGACUAGUAUUUUUUUGUUUUUAAAUAGGACCUCCUUUGUGAAUAAACAUUGACCUCCCAUGUCAUUAUCUGCCUUUGUUUCUUUUUCUUUAAUCACAUGCUUUUUGUACAUUAAUUGUUUCUUCGAAUGAUUGUGAACAUUGAACUGCGACUUGGCAAAUGCAACUUCUCAAACAGUUUUGUGACCAGCGUGCUGUCUCUCAGUUGGAAAGAGGUAAAUAAAGUGUUCCAAUUCUGUUUUAUCACUUAACAGAAAAUGAAUUAGAAAUUCAAGCUGCAUUUACUGAAAUGGCUAAACAGGGCCACAGCUAUGUUUCAAAGUUUAAAUUUGCUUUGUGUUCAACAUCUCUAAUAAAUUUAUAACAUUCUUGUCAUUCAUUCAUGAACCUCGUUGCUAUACAAUGAGCAAUACAGCCGAGUUGCCCUCUUCCCUGCAUUUCCGAAUGUCUGUCUCAUAGUCAUAAAGCAAUAUCUUCUGGUUCACGGAGGAGCCUUGGGCAGGAAAUGCUGUUUAGAUGGAGCAGUUUCAUAUGAUCGAGUAAGAUACAAUACACUCCUCCAUUAGGCAAGGCAAAGAAGCUUUUCUAUGGCCUUUGCUACCUUCAAUAAUAGGAUUAGAUAAAGGCAUGGAGAAUUGGUCUAUCAAUGGCUAUGGUAGCUAAACAGACCCGUGUGUUCUGAGGCUUUGCAAGGGGGAUUAGCCUGUGGCCCUCAAGAUACUGGAUCGCACCUCCCAUCAUCCUUGGCCAUUGACUAUGCUAACUGAGCCUAAUGGGAGUUGUAUUCAACAACAUCUGGAUAAUAAUAAUAAUUUAUUAUUUGUACCCCGUCCAUCUGGCUGGGUUUCCCCAGCCACUCUGGGCGGCUUCCAACAAAGAUGAAAAAUACACUAAAAUGUCACAUAUUAAAACUUCCCUGAACAGGGCUGCCUUCAGAUGUCUUCUGAAUGUCAGGUAGUUGUUUAUCGCUUUGACAUCUGAUGGGAGGGCGUUCCACAGGGCGGGCGCCACUACCGAGAAGGCCCUCUGCCUGGUUCCCUGUAACUUGGCCUCUCGCAGUGAGGGAACCGCCAGAAGGCCCUCGGAACUGGACCUCAGUGUCCGGGCAGAACGAAGGGGGUGGAGACGCUCCUUCAGAUAUACUGGACCGAGGCCGUUUAGGGCUUUAAAGGUCAGCACCAACACUUUGAAUUGUGCUCGGAAACGUACUGGGAGCCAAUGUAGGUCUUUCAAGACCGGUGUUAUAUGGUCUUGGCGGCCGCUCCCAGUCACCAGUCUGGCUGCCGCGUUCUGGAUUAGUUGUAGUUUCCGAGUCACCUUCAAAGGUAGCCCCACGUAGAGCGCAUUGCAGUAGUCCAAGCGGUAGAUAACCAGAGCAUGCACCACUCUGGCGAGACAGUCCACGAGCAGGUAGGGUCUCAGCCUGCGUACCAGAUGGAGCUGGUAAACAGCUGCCCUGGACACAGAUUUGACCUGUGCCUCCAUGGACAGCUGUGAGUCCAAAAUGACUCCCAGGCUGCGCACCUGGUCCCUCAGAGGCACAGUUACCCCAUUCAGGACCAGGGAAUCCUCCACACCUGCCCGCCUCCUGUCCCCCCAAAACUGUACUUCUGUCUUGUCAAGAUUCAACCUCAAUCUGUUAGCCGCCAUCCAUCCUCCAACCACCUCCAGACACACACACAGGACCUUCACCGCCUUCACUGGUUCUGAUUUAAAAGAGAGGUAGAGCUGGGUAUCAUCCGCAUACUGAUGAGGUUCACAGUGUAGCUACCUCUGGAUUCUAGGAUAUUUGGGCAAAGCAGCUGGAGAGGGUUACUGCAUUCAUUUAAUUGUAAGCUCUUUGCACACUUCUGCCUAGCCACUUUUGGAAGCAGGAUCCUGGAUUCAACUUCUUGGACCAAUGCAGAAAAAAUUGGUUGAAUCUUGCAUCAUUAUACUGUUAACUUGAAAUCGUAUAACUUGAUUUUUUUUUCUUGCUGUUUUAGUCUGUAUAAUUUACACAAUUAGGGUUCUCCCCCCCACCCCCACUUAGCCACACACGAUCUUGCACUGUGAAGAAUUAUGGUUUUCCCAAUGUGAUGGACCUGAUCAUCACACAACUGUUCAGUUUAACUGAAACAAAUGAAGGCAACCUUUCUGAACCCCUGAUGGUGUUCGAAAACAGUAUAUUCUAUGGUUCUUUACUUCCCCUUCCCUCUUCCUCUUUUAAACUAAAAACAAGCAGGGGAUAAUUGAUUCAAGUUAUCUUACACGCUCUGAUGUGUGAAAUAGGUUCCUCUUUUUUCAGUUAUGGUGCCGAUUUCUUGUGCCUAAUAUUCCUGGUAGAGAACGAAUUACUGCAACAAAGGGAUAAUUGAGAAGGUGAUCAAGAGGCUUCUUUUGUACAUCUGCUUCCGUUUGAAUGUACUCUUUUUCUUAGACUGCGGGGGGGGGGAGCAGUCCCACUCAUUGGGCUGUCAUCUUCAGAAGCUUGAUUGGCGACUUCCUGGGCUUUUCUCUGUUCUGCUACUCUAGCUGUGGAAUUUCUUCCUCCAGGAGGUUAAUUUGAUCGUGUGUGUGUGUGUGUGUGUGUGUGUUUUUUUCUCCCAAAGGGAGAAGGCCUUCCUCUUCUAAACCUUUUGAGCAGUACAAUGUUUUAAAAGCAUGCUUUACUUUUGAUAGUUUUCCUGUUGUGAGGUUGGAUUCAGAGUUCCUGGAAGCAGAAGUCUUCACAGGACACUGGUACCGAAUUUUCUUCCCUUUGCAGUCUUGUUCAAAGGGGAGCAGGAGCAAUGGAAGUACUGCAAGCCAACAUUCCUUUCUGCAGGUGGCUUGCCUGUUCCUGCAGGGAGCUGCUAACAGCCGUUUUGAGAUACAGUGGUACCUCAGUAUUUGAACGUCUCCGUUGACGAACAUUUCGGUUUUCAAACACCGUACAGUGGUGCCCCGCAAGACGAAUGCCUCGCAAGACGAAAAACUCACUAGACGAAAGAGUUUUCCGUUUUUUGAGUCGUUCCGCAAGACGAAUUUCCCUAUGGGCUUGCUUCGCAAGACGAAACGUCUUGCGAGUUCUUGCGAGUUUGUUUCCUUUUUCUUAAAGCCGCUAAGCUGUUAAUAGCCGCUAAGCCGUUAAUAGCCGCUAAGCCGCUAAUAGCCGUGCUUUGCAAGACGAAAAAACCGCAAGACGAAGAGACUCGUGGAACGGAUUAAUUUCGUCUUGCGAGGCACCACUGUAAACCUGGAAGUAAAUGCUUUGGUUUUCGAACUCGCCUCAGAAGUUGAACAUGCCACACAGCUCCUGUAUUAAGGCUUCCAUACUGAGUUUUCAAACGUUUCGGAACUCGAACGGUCUUCCGGAACGGAUUAUGUUCGAAAACCGAGGUACCACUGUAAAUGUGUCAUGUUAAAGUUUCGUGAACUGUCCCUCAGACUUCUAGAAGUUUCUGCCAAACAAAGCAAAGUGACAUUUUGAAAGGCUAUGGGGAGUAGGGGGGAGGAGGAGAGAAGGCUCGUGUUAACCAUCAGAAGAGAUUGUAUAUUUUGAAAAACUUGACAUGUGGAGUAUAAAUAAAACUACUGCGAAACAGAUUUUUUCCCCGAAAUCAAUGGGAAGCUGAGGAUGUUAGUCUAAUUAUCCACCUUUUGUUUUACCUAAUUAAGUCAAUAUAUUAACCUGAGGGAAUUAUUGAGCUGACAUGUAUAAUUUAUGAAAAUGGUGUGCGGUGUUUUCGGAAACAAACAAGUCGGGAUGCCGUAUGGGAUGUUCAGAUCGUAUGUCUGAAAGCCAACAGCCAUUAUUGCAGGCACCAAAAAAAAGAUAACAAGGCUGCAGUUUGCUUCCUUUCCCAUUAAUACUUUUGGCAGUAGAUGCUCCUGCCCAGAGCUUUAACCUGUUGAUCCCUUAAAAGGUAGCAGAACUGAAGCCAGCUCUAGCAAAAGGUGUGUAACUGCUUUUUCGGUGACAAAAGCUUGUUCAGCUGGUGGCAGAAGAAGCUUAACUAUACCUUAACGCUUUCUACC